UUAUUGUUAUUUCUUACCUUCUUCUCACUCCCGAUUCCUCUCAGCCGUCGUAUCACCGCCUUCUCGUCGCCGUCUGCCAUAGAGUGAAAAAAAUGGGAGACAAGAGGAAGAAGACGUUCAUGUUCAUCCGUCUAGUCUCAGCAGCUGGAACUGGAUUCUUCUAUGUCAAGAGGAAGAGUAGCAAGGGUCUUCUUGAGAAGCUCGAGUUCCGCAAGUACGAUCCUCGUGUCAACCGCCAUGUCCUCUUCACUGAGCAGAAGAUGAAAUGAUCUUUUUUGUCUGUGUUUCAUUGCUUUCGAAGAACAAUUCUCUCUGCAAGUAAUUAGGCAGUUAUCAAUGAAAUAAGCUCUCAAGUUAAGUUGUGGUUUAGACUUUGUAAGCUUCAGUUUUGAGGAUUCUUUUGACCCUUUUAAAAGCAAAAAACGAAAGUGCGUCUCUUUAGAUAAUAGUUUUUUU